GGGGCCCCCAGCGCCGCCUCCCGACGAGCGCACCUCCGGACCCCCCAGUUGCAGCGACAGGCUGGCGAUCCUAGAAGACUAUGCAGACCCGUUUGACGUGCAGGAGACUGGUGAAGGUCCAGCAGGACCCUCCGGAGCACCAGAGAAGGUUCCCGAAAAUGAUGGCUACAUGGAACCGUACGAAGCCCAGAAGAUGAUGGCUGAGAUCCGGGGCUCCAAGGAGACGGCUGCUCAGCCCCUGCCUCUGUACGACACACCCUACGAACCAGAGGAGGAGGGGGCCACCCCAGAGGGGGAGGGGGCCCCCUGGCCCUGGGAGUCCCGCCUGCCAGAGGAUGAUGAGAGGCCCCCUGAGGAGUACGACCAGCCGUGGGAGUGGAAGAAGGAACGAAUUUCCAAAGCCUUUGCAGUUGACAUUAAGGUCAUCAAAGACCUACCUUGGCCUCCGCCCGUGGGACAGCUGGACAGCAGCCCCUCCCUGCCCGACGGGGACAGGGACAUCUCCGGUCCAGCCUCACCCCUCCCUGAGCCCAACCUGGAGGACGGCAGCGCCCAGUUUGAAGGAUCGGAGAAGAGUUGCUUGUCACCUGGCCGGGAGGAGAAGGGGAGGCUACCUCCCCGGCUCUCUGCAGGGAACCCCAAGUCAGUCAAGCCCCUAAGCAUGGAGCCCAGCAGCCCUCUGGGGGAGUGGACAGACCCAGUGCUGCCUCUGGAAAACCAGGUAUGGUACCACGGGGCCAUCAGCCGCACCGAUGCCGAGAACCUGCUUCGGCUGUGCAAAGAGGCCAGCUACCUGGUGCGAAACAGCGAGACCAGCAAGAAUGACUUCUCUCUCUCCCUCAAGAGCAGCCAGGGCUUCCUGCACAUGAAGCUGUCCCGGACCAAGGAACACAAGUAUGUGCUGGGCCAGAACAGCCCGCCCUUCAGCAGCGUCCCAGAAAUCGUGCACCACUACACCAGCCACAAGCUGCCCAUUAAGGGGGCUGAGCACAUGUCGCUGCUCUACCCCGUGGCCAUCCGGACAUUGUAGAUGUGUGGGGCUUCACCACCCCCCUCCGCGCCCACCCCGAACCGUGACAGACCUGGGCCUCGACCCCUGGCGGAGGGCUGUGCGUUAUUUCCUGUGGACAUGCCCUCGACCUCGCAAACCCAUCUCCCCCUUCAUGCCCUCGGAUGCAGUGGAAGGCUGAGAUUCCUUAAUUUAUUCCAAAGGGGAAGGGCCAUGGGUUUGUGGCCUUAGGGGUGGCCGUGACUGAGUGUGGAGAGAAUUCUGGCUACCCCCAUCCCCCCCCACCCCCCUCCUGGGCAGAGGGCUCGAACCAAGGGAGGAGUUUAAGCGGGGCAACUUCAACCCCACUACAGCCCUAAGGCAGAGGGGACGCCCCCCUCCCCACUGCUCUUGGUCUUCCCCUCCAUCCCGUGUCAAUGCCGGGUGGCGCAGGACGCAAGCGCACACUGAGCGCUCUGGCCAUCUCCGCCCCGCCCGCGCCCACCCCCCGCGUCUGCUGGGGGGGGUGGGGGGGAUGGCGUGGCAGGGUGGGAAGCAGGGUGAGGGCGCGUGCCUGAGCGUUCCCCCGUGCAGUCCCGGGCCAGAGGCAAUCAAAGGCGGCCCCGCCAGGCACGGCCCCCGCCUCCGCCUCCAGCGCCGCCCCCGGUCCCCGGGGAGGGAGCACAGAUUCUGUUUAUAAAUCCGCUUCCGAGCCGACACCCGGCGGCUGUGAAAAGCACUUUCGAA